AUGGAGUUCUUCCAAGAAGAGAAACCAAGAACUGAUGGCAGGGGUGAUGCGGUUGUAGUUUCCCUUGAAAGGAGUCCAGUCCCUCCAUCUGCUGGUUCAACAUGCACUCACAUGAACAAUGGGAACGACCGCGGUUAUAAGGCUGAUUUUGAGAUAUACAGAAUUCAGACUAAAAAGAAUCAUCAGUACUAUCCCUUGAUCAUGGCGAGAGAACUGUGCAUAAUAUAUCAGGGAUGCAUCUUCGAGGAAUCAUCACAGAUUUUGGCUAAUGCAUCUAUCAAACUUUUUUCAGGAGCUUUUAGUAAUGGGGCUAUCAAGAGCUAG